AUAAUAAAGACAACAACAAAUUCUUCCCUUACGUUAUUACUAUCCCCUCUCUCUAUCUCUCUCAUUCUCUUUGCCUUUCUCAUUUUUACAUCAAGCGAAGCCGGCCAAAACAUUUAUUGGGAUUUUUUCCUUUUUCCAUUUCACUUCGCAAAAAUUUCCCAAAAUAAAAAUUUUAUUAGUAUUAUUAUGUUUCCCGAAUUAAAUCCCUAAUUCUUCCAUUUCAGUUUCGAUUAGGAUAUCAAACCCUGUUUCUUUUUCUUUUUCUUUUGUUGGCAAGGCUUAGCUUGUUAUCGUUUUGCAAACCCUAGAAAUAGUAUGGCGACAACUACCACGACCAGCAUAAACACCGGCGGGGAGGACCGGGUCCUGGCGACGGCUCAGCAGAUCGUCAAGAGCCUCAACACUCCUAAAGAAGUUCGCGAAGACAUGCUUUUAAUCUUCUCGAGCUUCGAUAAUCGUCUUUCGAACAUCGGGGAUUUGGUCCGAAGCGAGUCUAGUGGUCCCCACCGGUUUGAAUCGGUGGAGAAGUUUAUUCUCCGUUGGGACUGUAACUUCAACUGGGAGGAUUCUCCUGACGAUGCCGCCGAGUAUCUCGGAGCCGUUGAUGAGAUUUUGCAAAUGAUGGAUGAAUUGUCUGUUCGAAACGAGAACGAGAUGAUGGACCGGGCGGAGAGCGCGAUCCAGAUAGCUAUGUCGCGUUUGGAGGACGAGUUUCGUCAUAUGUUGAUCCGGAACACGAUUCCGCUUGAUGCUGAUCAUUUGUACGGAUCUAUUAGGAGGGUUUCGCUGUCUUUUGCUGCAAAUGAUGGGGAUAUCGAUGAGGAGUUUGAGAGUUUUGGAGAAGUUGGUGAUGGGAGCGUGAGGUUUCACGAGAGGGGAGCGAGUUUAGGUGAUGACGUGUGUGUGGAUUUGAUUAAUGCUGAUGCACUUGGUGAAUUGAAAGAGAUUGCUGAUAGAAUGUUAAGGUCGGGUUAUGAGAAAGAGUGUGUGCAGGCUUAUAGUAAUGUUAGGCGUGACGCAUUGGAUGAAUGUUUGGUUAUUCUUGGUGUUGAGAAAUUGAGUAUUGAAGAAGUGCAGAAGAUUGAGUGGAGUUCUUUGGAUGAGAAGAUGAAGAAGUGGAUACAAGCCAUUAAAAUCGCGGUCAGGGUUCUUUUGUGUGGUGAAAAGAGGCAUUGUGAUUAUAUUUUUAAUGGUUAUGAAUCCACAAAGGAGGUUUGUUUUAAUGAAACUGUCAAAGGGUGUGUGAUGCAGUUGUUGAUUUUUGCCGAGGCUGUGGCCAUAGGAAAAAGGUCGUCUGAGAAGUUGUUUAGGAUUUUGGAUAUGUAUGAUGCUUUGGCUGAUGUUUUUCCAGACUUGCAGGCAAUGGUUACUGAUGAGUUUGUUUGCAGUGAGGUUAAUGGGGUUUUAAAUGGAUUGGGGGAGGCUGCCAAAGGGACUUUUGCAGAGUUUGAGAAUGCUGUGAAAAGUGAAACUUCCAAGAAGCCUAUGCAGGGUGGAGAGAUUCAUCCACUUACUCGUUAUGUAAUGAAUUAUGUGAAACUGCUUGUGGAUUAUAGUGAGACUCUCAAUCAUCUGUUGCAAAAUGAUGAAAUUGAAGCAGAUGGUUUGCAGACUGAUGGAGAUAAUUUGGAGAAUAUGUCUCCAAUUGCAUGCAGAUUGUUGUUAUUGUUGACGUCUUUGGAAUCAAAUAUUGAGGAGAAAUCCAAACUUUAUGAUGACAGUGCGAUGCAGUAUAUAUUUUUGAUGAAUAAUAUUCUGUACAUAGUGCAGAAAGUGAAGGAUUCUGAGCUCAGGAAGCAUUUGGGAGAUAAUUGGGUUCGCAAAAGGCGUGGUCAGGUACGCCAGUAUGCUACAAGUUAUCUAAGGGCUUCUUGGAGCAGGGCCUUGUCUUGUUUGAAGGAUGAAGGAAUUGGUGGGGGCUCCAGUAAUGCCUCUAAGGUGGCCUUGAAGGAGAGAUUCAAGAGCUUCAAUUUGUGUUUUGAAGAAAUAUACAGGGUUCAGACUGCUUGGAGGGUCCCAGAUCCUCAACUUCGUGAAGAACUUAGGAUUUCAAUAUCAGAGAAAGUGAUUCCAGCUUACCGCUCAUUUAUGGGAAGGUUUAGGGGACAGCUAGAGAGUGGAAGGCAUGCUGGGAAAUACAUAAAGUACACACCAGAGGAUUUAGAGACUUAUUUGUUGGAUUUGUUUGAAGGAUCACCAGGUGUUCUUCAUCACCUGAGAAGAAAGAGUACAUAGGAUUCAGAGCUCUUGUAACAGCUUCACUGGUUAAGUGGUUCAUUCAGACGCGUUUUCUGUUCAAUGGCCCUAUACAGCAUGACCCAGAACGCCACCUGUUUGCAUAUGGGGCUAGGUGGUUCAAAUUAAAUUCGUGUCAAUACCAGUUCCUACAGACGUUUAACCGUGGCCAAUUUAGCACUGGAAUCUCACGACAAGCAAAGCUCAUUUAUUGGUUGGUCAAUUUGGACAAACUCGUUGGCAGAGGCACAUGGUGAUGCCUGCAUUUACACAAUCUUGCAGAUUCUACACAACCAGUAUGUUGAUGGUAUGGAUCAUCUAACCAUUUGGUCCCACUAUUGGCUAAUGUUCAUUUUCCAGCCCUCAAAUCUUCGACCAAGUCGCAACUGUGGGCUUUGCUGGCCGGACCAGUGGCUGAAUAGUUAUCAAACUGCAAAAGCUUAUGGAAACAUUGAAACGAACGAGUUAUUGUCGUCAGUAAUGAAAGGAAAUUGUCUAUAAAUAAAAUAGAUAUUGCGAAAGGCUGG